UGUAUAUAAAAGCUAAAAACUAUUUUUAUAUAAAUGCAGACAAAUCCAUGAACCGCAACACACAUAACAAUGGAGUUAUCAAUUAUCACUCUCACAAACAUUCCUGCAUUUCACAGAUUUUUUCUCCUCACCAUUGUAAUUCUAACGGCGUUAAGUAACAACGUUAACGGCCGUCAUAAAAUACAACACACAUGGGAAACCGUCGAGUACUCCGCCAUAAAUUGCAGAACACACAGUGCUUAUUUAACGGAUUUCGGCGGAAUCGGUGACGGAACGACGUUAAAUACUAACGCUUUUAGGACGGCCGUCGAUCAUUUGAGUCAGUUUCAAUCGGACGGUGGUUCGUUGCUGUAUGUACCUGCUGGUAAAUGGUUGACGGGGAGUUUUAAUUUGACUAGCCAUUUUACUUUGUAUCUCGAUAAAGAUGCUGUUCUUCUCGCCUCUCAGGAUAAAAAUGAUUAUCCGGUGAUUGCACCAUUACCGUCCUACGGCCGAGGAAGGGAUGCAGAAGGCGGUAGAUUCAUUAGUCUUAUUUUUGGAACCAACCUUACUGAUGUUGUCAUCACAGGGGAAAAUGGAACCAUUGAUGGACAAGGGCAGCAAUGGUGGGACAAAUUCCACAAGGGAGAACUAAAAUUUACAAGGCCUUAUUUGAUAGAAAUCAUGCACUCUGAUAAUAUUCAAAUCUCCAGUCUUACUUUAGUUAAUUCUCCUUCAUGGAAUGUCCAUCCUAUAUACAGCAGCAACAUUAUCAUCCAAGGCAUCACAAUCCUUGCACCAGUCAGAUCUCCAAAUACUGAUGGAAUUAACCCUGAUUCUUGCAUAAAUACUAGAAUAGAAGACUGUUACAUUGUCUCUGGAGACGAUUGCAUAGCUGUCAAGAGUGGCUGGGACGAGUACGGAGUUGCCUUUGGGAUGCCAACGAAGCAGCUUGCUAUAAGGCGAAUCACCUGCAUUUCUCCAACCAGUGCAACAAUUGCAUUAGGCAGUGAGAUGUCAGGAGGAAUUCAAGAUGUAAGAGCAGAGGACAUUGUAGCAAUCAAUACAGAAUCAGCUGUUCGAAUCAAGACUGCAGUAGGAAGAGGCGGAUACGUAAAGGAUAUAUAUGUUAGAGGCAUGACAAUGAAAACAAUGAAAUACGUAUUCUGGAUGACAGGCGAUUAUGGUUCUCACCCGGACAACAAUUAUGAUCCAAACGCGUUACCUGUGAUUGAAAACAUCAAUUACCGCGAUAUGGUUGCUGAGAAUGUGACCAUAGGCGGCAAGCUUGCAGGAAUUUCUGGUGAUCCAUUUACUGGAAUUUGCAUAUCAAAUGUCACGAUAGAGAUGGCGCCUAAAGCAAAAAAACUUUUCUGGAAUUGUACAGAUAUUUCCGGCAUUUCAAGCGGUGUGGUACCUCAGCCUUGUGAUUUAUUGCCAGAUCAAAAGACGGAGUACGUUUCACCCUGUAAUUUUCCAACAGAGAGCUUACCAAUUGACGAUAUGAAAAUCCAGACGUGUUCCUGCAGGAAGAAAAUAUAUUAAUACAUGAAUGUAAUAAGAAUCUCUUCACUAGGGAGACCAUAUCAAUCAGUUAAAUUGUUCUGUUGCUUCAUACCCUUGAACUGUCCAUGAAUAUACACUGGCGAUCCCGUCUCACUUUGUGGACGAGACAUGCUAGUAUUUGUAAACUGUUACAUAUUUAUGAAUGCCAAAAAGAUAGUUCUUACAA